AUGAUUGAUGGAGAUGUGAUAGCUAAGCAUAAGAAUCUACGCGAUUUAAACUUGAAAGCAUACACUGAAAUAGAAGAUAGUUCGUCUGCGAAAUUAGAUUCAUCUCUCAAACGACACACAGCGUUCUUAAAGCGUAUUAAACUUGGUUUAGGAGCAGAGAACGCAGCUGCUAAUAUAAAGGAUAUUCAACAACUCAGCUUAUCGAAGCACGUCGAAGAGAUCGUCGCAAAUAUACCUGAAGGUGUACUCAAAUGCAAAUCUGAGAAAGAUAUUUGGGCAGCAGUUGAGAUCAUCUCAGCUCUCCACCAGCGAUUCCCUCAAUCAUUCACAACUCCAUUAAGCACUCUCUUAUCAACAGCAUUAAACCCUCCUAAUAAAGCUCAACUAGCCCAGUCAACCCCUGAACAAAAAGAGAAGGAUGAGAUCGCUAGAGUAAACCGCCAGAGACCAAUCUUGAGAGUUACAGGAGAGCUUUAUUUAGUUGGUGUGUUGUUAGAUCCACCAGUUAAGAAAUCUACAAAGGAAACAGAUUCCGCAAAACCCCCAGAUGGUUGGCUAUUUAUCAAAUUGAAGGAACUCUUGGCCACCGACAAAGAUCACGCUAACAUUCCAAUAUUGAUAUCGUUUAUCAAAUACUUUGGCAACUUGAUAUACGGACAUGGCGGUCCAGAGCUUAGAUUCGUUGAUGGUCACACCCAGGAUCGCUUCAGAUCACUCAGCGCUGCAUAUUACGAGACUGUCUCUAGAAAACUCGUGAAAGAGCACCUCAAAUUACAAGAACAGGACAAGAGAAAUCAUGAAGCAUAUAUUAAGUCUGGUGAAAUCUUUGAAGACAGACAACAAAAUUAUGAGAAGCUUACAAAAGUCUACGAAAAACUUCUGAAUUCAACGCAGACACUCUCAGAAUUACUGCAUAUAGCCAUGCCUGAACUUCCAAAGGAGCAAUCAAAAGGUCUCGGUGGUCUGGUCGUUGCUGAUGGAAGUACCGCUUUCAACAGAGAGACAGAGGAGUACGAUUCAACAAUAGGUAAAUGGGAAGAUGAGGAGUCUAAAAACUUUUACGAGGAUGUCCUAGAUUUGGCCGAUAUUGUACCGCCGUCUGUCUUGGCUAGUGUUAACGCCAAGACGUCUGAACAGAAUGAACAAACGGCUGAUGUGACCGAAACUCAAAAGCAGGCUGAGGUUGAAGAGCAGCAGCAAAAGGAAGAGAUUGUCAAUACUAUCAACACAUCAAAUGAUGAACCUGAGGAAGGGAUGUCAGCUGGUCCUGCUGCCCAGUUAAAUGCACUAUUCGCAAAAUUACCUGAAAUGAAUAACAGAGCGAUGAUUGAUCAAGUUGCCGUAGAAUUCGCAAUGUUUAAUUCAAAAGCAGCAAGAAAACGUGCAGCCAAAUCAAUAGCAUCUGUGCCAAGAAAUAGAUCUGAUGUUUUACCAUAUUAUGCUCGACUUACAGCAAUUUUAAGCAAACAUAUGCCUGAUAUUGGUAAAGGUGUUGUCGAUUUAUUAGAUGAUGAAUUCCGCUAUCUCCAAAGGAAAAAGAAUUUAGUCAAGGAGUUGGCAGAAUCGAGAACAAAGAACGCAAGAUUCAUCUCUGAGUUGACUAAGUUUGCAGUUGUACCAACACACUACAUUCUUCACUGUUACAAAGUCCUCCUUGAUGAUUUCACUGGUGUAAAUGUAGAUGUUCUCGCUAUCUUUUUAGAAACUUGCGGUAGAUACCUCUUACGGUCAGAAGAAACAAGUGAAAAGAUGAAAAUAUUCUUAGAUUUAAUGAAAAGAAAGCAACAACUUCAGCACUUAGAUCAAAGACAACAGUUGUUGCUUGAAAAUGCAUACUAUCAAUGCAACCCACCUGAAAGAGCCGCUAGACCUGAAAAAUAUAGAAGUCCAAUUGAAUUAUUUAUUAGACAUCUCAUAUACGAUGUUCUCGCAAGGAAGUCCAUCGAUAAGGUAUCAAAAUUAUUACGUAAACUACAUUGGGAAGAUCCUGAUGUGAUAAGAGUACUUCUGAACGUAUUUACAAAAGUUUGGAAGAUCAGGUUUAGUAGUAUAUCAUUAUUAGCAAUUUUGGUUUAUGAUUUACAAAGAUUUCAUCCAGAAUUUUGCGUUAUGGUAGUUGAUAAAGUCCUUGAUGAUAUAAAAACAGGCGUUGAGCAAAAUAUAUUCAAGUAUAACCAAAGGAGAGUUUCGAGUAUAAAGUAUCUAGGUGAAUUAUACAACUAUAGAAGUGUUCAUAGUAAUCAAAUAUUUGAUACUUUAUGGACGUUGGUUACAUUUGGUCAUCCUGGAGGCAGACCAUUACCUGGCUUAUUCACUCCGUUAGAUGUGAGCACAGAUUUCUUUAGAGUACGUCUAGUCUGUACUUUAUUAGACACUUGUGGUACUUGUUUCGAUCAAGGUAAUCAGAAGAAACGACUAGAUUACUUUUUGACAUUCUUCCAAAUGUAUGUCACCACGAAGGUUUCGCUACCAAUGGAUAUAGACUUUAUGUACACGGAUACGCUUGAAGCUUUGAGACCGAACAUGAAGAUCUCACGUACAUUUGAAGAAGCCGUUACCGCAGUAGAUGAAAUGAUAUCGAUGGAUAGUGAAAUAAACCAAGCUGACGACAUAUAUGAGGGUGUAUAUGAUGAUGAUGAAAGUGAUAAUGAGGAGAACGGUAUAAGAGAAGGUGCUGCACCUAUAGAACAAGCUGAAGAUGAAAUUGAAGGUGUAGUAGAUGGUGAUGAUCGAGAAGCUGAAGUUGAAGAAGAUUCGGACUCGGAUUCGGAAUUGGAUGAGAAUGAUCAACCAGAUGACGACAACGAUCAAGAUGUCGUAUUACGCGAGAAAGAAGCAGCUGAAAUACCAGCUGAAGAUGAAGACGAAUUUAAUAGAGAACUCGCGAAGAUGGCAACUGAUAAUUCAGAUUCAAAGAAAGUCGACAAGCGCGCUUUAUUUGAUCUGAGUUUACCGAUGAUAAAGAAAUCUUCAAUGACGCAGCAAGAAUCUGAAGAAAGGGAUCCAUCAAAAAUGAAAUUUACAGUCUUGACUAAGAAAGGUACCAAGCAGCAGACUAAAACAGUUGAUGUACCUUCCGAAUCGGCACUUGCUGUUAACUCGCGUACAAACGCACUCCAAGAUCAAUACGAGCAGGCUCAAUUAAAGAAACUUGUCCUUGACUAUGAGAAGCGUGAUGCGCAACAGCAAGACGUAGAUGAACGUAAACGUUGGGAUAACCUAUCUAAAGCAACAGGAGUGAAGAUAAACUUUAAACAAGAAACCUAAAGAUAUCAUUAGCAAGUAUAACUAUCAACUAAAUGUGAAAUGCUUGACAAUCGAGAAAGUCGACGCGAGAAGUUGCAAAGGGCAAUUUUCUUAAAAACUUGUUAAUUAAGAAUAGAUAUAAUAAAACUUGUUGUUUAGUCUAACGUUUAAAUAAAC